GGGACGAAAGGAGUGUUUGAGCUUCUAUCUGGAUGGCGGAGAACCAAAGAGAAUUUGCCCUUCAAAGACAGGGUGGCAGAUGCUUAUUCGGAUGUGAUGGUGACCUAUACCAUGACCAGCUCCCUGUACUUUAUCACCUUUGGCAUGGGUGCCAGCCCGUUCACCAACAUAGAGGCUGUGAAGGUCUUCUGCCAGAACAUGUGCGUCUCCAUCCUGUUGAACUACUUCUACAUUUUCUCCUUCUUUGGCUCCUGUCUCGUCUUUGCUGGCCAACUAGAGCAAAACCGCUACCACAGCAUCUUUUGCUGUAAGAUCCCUUCUGCAGAAUACCUGGGCCGCAAGCCUGUGUGGUUCCAGACAGUGAUGAGCGACGGACAUCAACAGACAUCCCAUCACGAGACGAACCCCUACCAGCACCACUUUAUUCAGCACUUCCUCCGUGAACAUUACAAUGAAUGGAUUACCAACAUCUAUGUGAAGCCAUUUGUGGUCAUCCUCUAUCUCAUCUACGCCUCCUUCUCCUUCAUGGGGUGCUUGCAGAUCAGUGAUGGAGCCAACAUCAUCAAUCUACUAGCCAGCGAUUCCCCAAGCGUAUCUUAUGCCAUGGUUCAGCAGAAAUAUUUCAGCAACUACAGCCCUGUGAUAGGAUUCUACGUCUACGAGCCCCUCGAGUACUGGAACAACAGUGUCCAGGAGGACCUUCGGAGACUCUGUAGUGGGUUCACUGCAGUGUCCUGGGUGGAGCAGUAUUACCAGUUCCUGAAAGUGAGCAACAUCAGUGCCAAUAACAAGAGUGACUUUAUUAGUGUCCUACAAAGUUCAUUUUUGAAAAAGCCAGAAUUCCAGCAUUUUCGAAACGAUAUCAUCUUCUCCAAGGCAGGAGAUGAAAACAACAUCAUUGCUUCUCGCUUGUACCUGGUGGCCCGGACAAGCAGAGACAAGCAGAAGGAAGUCAUAGAAGUGCUGGAAAAGUUGAGGCCUCUGUCCUUGUCAAAGAGCAUCCGGUUCAUCGUGUUCAACCCCUCCUUCGUGUUCAUGGACCAUUACAGCUUAUCUGUCACCGUGCCUGUUCUGAUUGCAGGCUUUGGUGUCCUCCUGGUGUUAAUCCUGACUUUUUUCCUAGUGAUCCACCCUCUGGGAAACUUCUGGCUAAUUCUUAGCGUCACCUCAAUUGAGCUGGGCGUUCUGGGCUUAAUGACACUAUGGAACGUCGACAUGGAUUGCAUUUCUAUCUUGUGCCUUAUCUACACUUUCAAUUUUGCCAUUGACCACUGUGCACCACUGCUUUACACGUUUGUAUUAGCAACUGAGCACACCCGAACACAAUGUAUAAAAAGCUCCCUUCAAGAGCAUGGGACAGCCAUUUUGCAAAAUGUUACUUCUUUUCUUAUUGGGUUGGUCCCCCUCCUAUUUGUGCCUUCGAACCUGACCUUCACACUGUUCAAAUGCUUGCUGCUCACCGGGAGUUGCACACUUCUGCACUGUUUUGUUAUCUUGCCUGUGUUCCUAACCUUUUUCCCCCCUUCUAAAAAGCACCACAAGAAAAAGAAACGUGCCAAACGAAAGGAGAGAGAGGAAAUCGAAUGCAUAGAAAUUCAAGAGAACCCUGAUCACGUCACUACCGUCUGAAGGGUGUAGACUAAUGGAUUAUUUUUCUUUUCCAGUAUUGCACAAUGAUGCAGGGCCGAUAAAGCUCAGACCUCAGCUGCUUGGGCUGGCCAGGGGUAACAAGGCAAGUCAGAUGAAGAGUGAAUUAUUUAUAACACGGUGUCCACUUCCAGGGGGGCAAGAGGGACUCAAAGAAGGGUAAAAAGCUCUUUGAAACCUUGUUCUCCACUAAAGAUAAGUUUCUGGAUGUGAUCUUAAGAGCUCUUCCAAGGAACAGACAAAUUGACAGAGUGUUAGAAGGCAAAAGGAACAGCUGCUUUGAAAAAUAAAAUGCUUAGGAGAGACUGAGUAGAGAAGAUGAGGGCCUCCAAAUAGCAGAGAAGACUUCAGAAAUGUCAAAAUUGCCGUGGCACUUUUCAUAUUUGUUUUUUGAAUGGGUUGGUCAAAGGAAACCUAUGCACUUGGGAAGUACACAUCUAAUCCUGUCUAAACCAAAG